AGUUGAAAAUAAUGCAGCUCGUCGCAAUUCGUAAUAUUUUGGUUCGCAUAAAUACUAUUCGUAAUAUACGCUUAGCAUCGCUGUUAACUUACGAACAUUGUGCAAACCAUGCUUCAAACAAUUAUCAACUAUGUUGCAAACGAUUGUCAAUCAAGCAGCAAGCAAUCUGCGGUCAUCUUUUCGGCACAGUACGUGUACACAAGCAGACAAGAAAUGCAAGUUCAAUGAAUCCGAAUGACUUUAUUGCUACUUCGCUGAUUGACUCCGUUACAUUUGAAUCGGUAUGCUCUGAGACCUUGGAAUCGUUGUGUGAUUAUAUGGAGAAGUUAGUGGAGGAAACUAGUUUUUUAAAAUCUGCGGAUGUCACAUAUGGGGAUGGUGUGCUGACAGUUAACUUUGGAGAGCCGUACGGAACCUAUGUGAUAAACAGACAAUCGCCGAACAGGCAGAUUUGGCUUAGUUCACCAACUAGUGGACCGAAACGAUACGAUUUUAUUCCUGAUAAGUCCAUCAUCAACAAAGGAUGCUGGGUGUAUAAACAUGAUGGCAUAUCCUUGCAUGAACUGCUGCAAAAAGAAUUACGUGAAAUUGUUCAAAGAGACGUGGAAUUUCUAUCCCUACCGCAUAGUCAGCGUAGCAGUAACUAAUUGAUGAUAAUCUAGUUAUAUUAUAACUUAGCUGCAAAAGAUUUUUAUUAUAAAAUAAUUUCUAUAUUAAAAGCAGU